AUGCCGUCGAAAAACCCUCAAACAUCUUUGAAUCACACAUUGGUAGCUAUGCCUUCAAGAGAUCAAUCAGAUCGUGCAGAAGCCUUGUUAUCAUUGUCAAUAGCAUUGAUAGAUUCGUCAUGUGAUGUAUUAAAAUCACAUAUAACGAGUGAUGAACAGCUUACUAGACAAAGCACUUUGAUGCCUGGAGGUACACUAGGGAAGCAUUUCAGGCAUGUUAUAGAAUCAUUUCGAGCGUUUCUACUGCCACUUUCAUCGUCUUCCUCCUCCUCAACAAUCACCCUCGAGAUCGAUUACGAUUCAACGAAUCCAAGUACACGUAAACCGAUGGCACGUUCAGUUAAACCCUGCUUAAGAGCAUUAGAGCAAGUCAGGGACGAUCUGAUAUCAUGGGGAGAUCAAUGUCGCCGCUCAAGCUUGGCUGGGGAUUCGAAACCAGCAGAGAUCGGUACUGGCGUUGCUGGAGAGGUCGGCGUAAGGAGGAAUGGAUUAGCAGAAGCGAUGGAAACAAAAGUUAAUGUAGUAGCUAUUACGCCUACUAGACAAACGAUGGGUUCAACGAUAGGAAGAGAGCUAUGGUAUUGCUCUUUACAUGCGAUACAUCAUUUCUCAAUGUUAAGGACGAUAGCGGUCCAUGAACAUGGAUUGGAACUACCUGUAGAAUUCGGUACUGCUCCUUCAACGUUGUUAUAUAGGGGAUUGGCAUGGAAACCUCCUGUUGAAAAUAGAGAGGUCAGAUUAGCUGUUAAAGCGAAGCUGUGA